UUGCGCUUGCGCGUAAAGGAAACUGGAGCUGUCCAAGUGCUGAACUGAGGAAAAAAAGGCGUUCCUUUACCACUCCUUGACGGUCCCCCACCUGAAAACGGUUUCACUUCGCUAGUCAUAGCACAGCCCAACAGUGUGGUCUUAACACGUCUAGCUUUUUUUUUUUAUUAUCUCAGCCUAGGAGAAGCCAACAGUCGAUGCGUCUUGGAGUUACAUCUUCUCGUCGUCUGACCAAAGGACUCAUGUUUGUUCACACCAUCGCUUCGCGUGAUCCAUUUUUGGGAGUCAGAGUUUCGUAAAACUAAACUAUGAUCUGCGGCCGCGUUGAGGAAUGUCUCCCGUAUUUUUGUGCGACAACAGACAGCCCAGACGCCAACAACUUGGUCCGGAAGAAAGCAGCAUUCCUGUUUGGAUUAUGUGUUUGACUGAUGUAAACAUAUGGAAGAAAUAGAAAAGUGAGCACAUGAGGAAACCACCAGGAAUGAAUCACUCUCUCAUUAAGGUUCUGGCAGCUUUAUUUGUGUAUUUCAUGAGGAGAGACAACUUCAGAGUUGUGGAUGCCAAGGAACACGAUCCCAGAUCCUCGAACCUGUCUCCAUCAGACUUCCUGGACUCACUCAUGGGUCGAACGUCCGGAUAUGAUGCGCGAAUAAGGCCGAAUUUUAAAGGUCCAGUCAAGGCUCAGUCAGUUGGGACUAGACCGGGGUCCCCCAGUAAACGUUACAUGCAAUAUUUUUAUCAACAGUUUCGGCUCUGUCACAGAGACAACUAUGGUCCACCAGUUAAUGUUACCUGCAACAUAUUUAUCAACAGCUUUGGUUCUAUAGCAGAAACAACAAUGGAUUACAGAGUGAACAUCUUCCUGCGGCAGAAGUGGAAUGACCCUCGUCUGGCGUACAGUAAAUACCCAGAUUCCUCCCUCGACCUCGACCCAUCCAUGCUGGACUCCAUAUGGAAGCCCGACCUCUUCUUUGCCAACGAGAAGGGCGCCAACUUCCAUGACGUCACCACAGACAACAAGCUACUACGCAUCUUCAAGGAUGGGACUGUUCUCUACAGUAUCAGACUGACUCUGAUUCUGUCAUGUCCAAUGGAUCUGAAGAACUUUCCGAUGGAUGUCCAAACUUGCACGAUGCAACUGGAAAGUUUUGGCUACACCAUGAAUGACUUGGUCUUUGAGUGGCUGGAGAAUGGUGCGGUGCAGGUCUCCGAUGGACUCACCCUGCCUCAGUUCAUAAUGAGGGAUGAGAAAGAGCUGGGCUACUGCACAAAACACUACAACACUGGAAAAUUCACCUGUAUCGAAGUCAAAUUCCACCUUGAGCGCCAGAUGGGCUACUAUCUAAUCCAGAUGUACAUUCCCUCCCUGCUCAUUGUUAUUCUUUCAUGGGUGUCUUUUUGGAUCAAUAUGGAUGCUGCUCCUGCCAGAGUGGCCCUGGGCAUCACCACCGUACUUACUAUGACCACCCAAAGCUCCGGGUCUAGAGCGUCUCUUCCAAAGGUCUCUUACGUGAAAGCCAUUGAUAUCUGGAUGGCUGUGUGUCUGCUCUUUGUAUUUGCUGCACUGCUAGAAUAUGCCGGGGUUAAUUUUGUCUCCAGGCAACAGAAAGAGUUCCUCCGCCUAAGACGAAGACAAAGAAGGAAUCACAAGGAUGAGGAUAUGCGCGAAGGCCGCUUUAAUUUUGCUGGCUACAACAUGAACCAGUGUCUGCCAACGAAAGAUGGCUCAGCUGUCAAGAACGCAGUUCCCCCUCAGACUGCUCAAGCGUCCGUCUCAAAAGACAUCGACGCCAUGAGGAAAAAGUUUGUGGACCGAGCCAAGAGGAUAGACACAAUCUCCAGGGCUGCCUUCCCUUUGGCUUUCCUCAUUUUCAACGUCUUCUACUGGGUUACCUACAAGAUCAUCCGGCAUGAGGACAUCCACAAAAAGUAAAGUCUAUUCCCUCGUAAACAACCCUUCAUUUUUCAUUUCUCAGAUUGAGAAAUGCCCGCAAAGCACAGAGAGGGGAGAUGGGAGGCUCCGUGGUCAUGAUGCUGGUGUUCUUUCAGGGAUAAUGUACAGUGUUCAUGCAUCAUACAACGUUGUUGUUCUGAUAAUGUGAUGAUUUUUUGAGACACAGAUGCUUUAUUUGUUCUUGUACUGCUGGAUGAUAUAUUUUGAAGAAUCUGAUCAAAAAGGUUUCAGCUCAAGACUAAACUCAAGACACGCUUGAGAAGCCAGACCAAAAAAAAAACGCUCUUUAAUUAAUCCUUCUCGGCUUCUUUGUGCAGAUAAGGAGGAGUAACAUUCCAAUGGAUUUGCGGCUGGAAAGUAGCUCAGCAAAAUUUCUUACCAAGGAGGUUUAGACUGUUUUAUAGUGUACUACUGUCAUGGCACUUCCAUUCCGUUUCUACCGAAUCCGGCUGCUAAACUUCACAAGCAGAGCACAUACAGAUGCAUCAAACAUUAGGCAGCAGCACACGUCUCAGGCGGGAGUGUGAACAAAGCUGAUGAAAAUCUGGGAUCUGGGAAUGGAUACUGCAUUUCUAUGAAAUACCUGAGGCCUUAGAUAUCAAAGAGUUGGUGAGAUGAAGUGCUGUGCUCCUAUAUUUCUUUUUUUUUUCUCACAGCGAGCGGUCUUUCACAGUGACGAGCAUCGUUUGAGUUUUUCAACCGGUGGUUUGCGGACACCCAAAGGUCCUUCUCGAUGUUUUGUUUUCAGCUGAAUUUAAUUACUAACGCUGUUUAUGGAUAGCUGUGCGUUUUCUCCUUUUGAAACACGACACGUUUUCAAUUCAACCUUUCAAUUUGUUGUAAUUUAUUGAAGAAACUGUUAAGUAUUUCACAGUCUAAUUUUGAUCAAGUACAUAGUGCAAAUCCCACAAAUUCUGUGCACCGCAUUGGUCUGUGUUGUCAUAUGCCUACGUCCACAUGGAGCUGUUUGUAUCCCAGAUAAUUACUCCAGGUAUCUUCGGUAGGGUUUUAGAGUUUGAGACUAUGUUUUUGUAAAAAAUUGUCAAUUUAGAUAUUUACUGUAAAGGGUGGGAGAUUAUGUUUAUGACAUCAAAUCUUUAUGUAAACUUCUUUUGCUUCCCACCAAGAACGGUUUACUCACUUUAUGUGUUUGUAGAUGGACUAUAUAGUGGGAGACAGCUCGACAUUACAUUUAUGGUACCAAGCAGCUGAUGGUAAUUGCACUUCUGAUCUACUGUGGUGGGAUCUCUUUUUCUUGAAUGCUAGUCAUGGAAACAAAAAAAAUCUUAUUUAUUGGCCUGUGCAUCAAUAAAACUGACUGUACAC